AUGCGGCAAGAAGGGCCCGCCCAGGCCACUGACGGUCACGUCUCGUGCAGUCAAGAUGAAGUUGUCUUUGCGACGGAGCCGGAAGUGAAGGACUUCAAUGACGACGAGACUGAUGUGUCCAGUCGUGUCGCAAUCAUGUUGCAGAAACUGGAAGAGUUGGAAGCGGCUGGUGCCCGUUCUACAUACGAAGCGCAACACCUCAUGGUUGCUCGUGACAAGAAGCCACUUAGUCUCUUCGAUUGGAAGAUUUGGAGCAUGGCCAAACCUCGGCUCUGGCGGUAUGGUGACGCUUCGAAUCUGUUUGACCGCGAAGAACCUCUGUCGACUGCAGAAUGGACGGCGUGUAUGCUACGGCGUGAGGAGAUGGUGUAUUCUCUGGACAGUGAUGAGACUCCAUACACGGCCCCUGUCAAGAAUCGAUUUACAGGAGAUUGGGUGGCUUUGCACAUGAUGUCAACCAUUUGUCGUCUGACCGAUCAACGCAAUGCUUCGUACAACUUUUUGAAAAAUGGUGGUAUGGCUUUCGCGAAGAACCUGCAAGAGUUGCGAGCAUCAGAUUUAGCACUUGCUGCCAGAGUGGUUGAACCAACGUGGGGUGACUCUCUGCAGCAAGUGCUGAAGAAUGAUGCUGUGCCUCGGAAGGUCAAAGCUUGCUUCGAGGCGAUGCAGGCUGCGUCCGCCAAUGUUGUCGGCACAGAUGGACAUCGUAGACAUUGUCGCCACGAAGGGUGGGCUUACAUGGAGAUGUUUGGUCCUCCGUUGGUUUUCUUGACGCCGAAUAUUGCAGACACUCAGCAUCCUUUGCUCUUGGUCAUUCAAGGAGAAACAGUGGAUCUGGGCGGAGUGGCAGCUGACAUGCCAGAGACGCUGCCGAAGUACCGGGAUAUGAUGCGGCGCCUUGCCCAAGAUCCGGUCGCCCAGACUCUGCAAUUCGAGUUUCUGAUGCGUUUGUUCCUGCAGCACGUGCUGAACGUUCGCCCCGAGACGUUGGAUUGUCGCCGCGGCGGUGUGCGCGCGUUUGCGCGAGAGUGGUGCAGCGAUGGGGCGGCCGCUGCAUCCACGGGCGCCGGCAUGUUGGGCCCGGUCGCCGCUUUCCGCGGCGAAAUCGAAGCCCAAGGGCGCGGCUCCUUGCAUCCGCAUGUUCUGGUCUGGUUACUAUGCGGUCAUUUGGAUGUUAUGGGACAGCUCGCAGAUCUUUUGAAGCACAACAAAGUGGAACUCCAACUACGUUUGAAGCAUUUUAUGCAAAUGGUAGUUGCCAGUUUCGAGUCUUUGUCGCAAGCCUCCGUGCAAGCGGCGCCACGCCUCUUCGACGGCAACUCCAUGUCGAAGAGCGUUGGCAUCAGUCAAGUGGCCCGCAACCUGUCGAAGUACGACGGCGGCAGUGAUUUGAUCUUGCUGCGAGAAAUGCCGGAGCUGACAACCGAACAGCAGCAGUACUUGGAGUCCGCUGCAGAAGCUGACUGGAGACGGCCGCUGGUGCCGGUGGAUGAUGGCUCAGGUUUGUUGCCCAAUAUUUUCAGUCAGCCAAUCAACAACUUGGCGGUGGCGCAAACACCGCAGUAUCGGCUGCGCAGUGUACUCUGCGCAGCCGAUACUGCGGACAUUGACGCCGCAGCGUGGCAGCUCGCAUUUGCAGAGGACUUGCAUAGUCUGAUGCCGACGCUGCUACGGCAUGCCUGCAGCGAAUCGUGCUACAAAUAUUCUGAUGCGAGCUCCGUGCGCUUCAAGAUCUGCAGGCAUGGCUUCUACCACGUGGUGAAUGUCUUCGAAGGUUGUCGUGUGCGACGCAAGGGCAAGGCAUUGCGUCCAAGCAUUCACAUUGGAUCAGAAGCAGAAGCUGAUUACGGCAUGCAAGGUCGCAUGCGCCCUAUUCAGCUGACGCCUUUCGAGUGUCAGACUUGUUAUGGCGGCUUGGUCGCCGGUCGUCACAACUUGGAUUUGCAAGAUAUGAGGCGUGUGCUUGAUCCUGCACUGUGGUUAGAUUCCGACGAGCAUUUGCCCCAUGUUGGCUUCACUGAUUCCUUGGGUUACAUGGCUUGGUAUGAAUGGAAUGGCAAAGCUUAUGAGGUUCGUUCUGACGCGCCGACUACUGCAGUGUCAUGGUUAAGUCGCAGAGAUUGGGCGCCAGACUUUCGAUCUGCUUGGCUGACGGCUCAUCAACAAUUCAUGGAGAAAGAAGGCGAGCCUGUCACCAGCGACGCACAAGAUGAGGACGCGCCAAUGCCGCCAGCAGAAGACCAAGAACAAGAUGUGCGCAUGGCAAACGCGGAAGACACAGACGAUGCCACCGCUGAACUCACACGAGCCAUCCGCUGCGGUAUCAGUGAAGCAUUCUGUGAUGGCAUCAACAGCGGCUUCUACAUCAACAGCUAUACCACCAAGCCUGGACCUGGUUUAGCUGGUAUGUUGGAAGAGCUCCAAAAAGGCAGACGUGGUGUGCUUUUUGCCGAAACAUUGAAGACAUUGUCUCGCCUGUCGUCUUCCUAUCGUCGAUGUCAUUGGAAAAGUGCCAGUGAACUCAUCUUCCCUUUGUUGUUUCAGCACAUGACCUUUGCGUCGCAUCGCACCUGGAAGCUAUAUGUGAAAAAGGCAAUUUUUUUCGCUGUGGAAGCUUGGAGGCAGCAGUAUGGCGAGAGUGUUUUGCGACCGAAGGAGAAUCUGGAUGUUGCUUCUGAUCCAGUGGUGUUUCGUCGCGAUGGCCUUGAUCCAGUGACCUUGGUUGGUUGGAAGAAGGUUGCACGCGUAGACCAAGAAACUGGUGAGAGUGUCUAUGUUUAUGUUGGUCCUCAUGGGCAAAAUUGUGCUGAUUUGGACGAAGCAUUUGCUGUGUACGAUUCAUCGGUUGAUUUGGACAGAGGUGGUCCAGGGAAAAAGGCCCAACAAAAAUUGACAUUCAUAGAAGAACUGUUAAAGAUUCACCAGGUGACAGAAACCGUGGCACGAGACGACACUGAAUCGGGUGAGGCCACCAACUUGAGAGCUUUGCAAGCUACUGGAGAAGAUGUUGCUGUUCUUGAGGGAUCAUCUUUGUUGAAGUCAUCGAGGCCGUUGGCAGUGACUACAAGCAGUCUGGAGGAUUAUCUGUUUCGUGGGUCACAUCCUUUGCUUGCAGGAUUGAGUUGGUCAACAUACGGUAUGUGGGUCUACCGCAUCGAGUUGCCGCCGCGCGCAGAGCGGUCGGUUCGAGCAGCCAUACCUCGUUAUGUUGAUGUGUACUUCGACCCAGCCUACAAGUUGUACCAGACUCAUGCCCAACGCAUCAGUACUGAGCCUCGUGUUCCUAUGUUUGAAGGCUUCACAAUGCCUCCGUUGACUUUGGACUCUGAGCGCAACGCUAUGUACAAACAGGUGCAAUGUCGUCCUACCGCAAUCCUUGCCGACGAGAACGUCGAGCAGGAUGCGGAGACAUUGGUGUUGGAAGCUUUUAAGCACUAUUCCACACCAAAAAAACGCGUCCCUGGAGAGGAUAUGUCGGAAACGGCUGCCGUUGCCUUCACCCGAUCUUUGCUUGAAUGGCAGGAUGACAUGAAACGAGAAGCAACGAUCGCCAGAUACCGCUUUGCUGCCCGUCAACAAUAUCCGUCUUUAUGGGAGACAGCUGAAAUGGUUGCUUUGCUGGAAGAGAAGUUGAGUUUGGCGACAGGCACCACAGUGACAACUCCAGACACAGACCCUGAUCGGUUGAAGCCACGGUGCACUGCAGCACAAUAUUCUUCUAUGUUGGCCGAAAGUCGUAUUGCGCAUCUGGAGGGAUUGGCGCGAGCCAGGCAACAGAAACCGAAGCGGCGCCGCGACACUGAUGCGCGGCUCUAUGAAGAGUAUGUGAAGAUCACCACGGCUGGAGAGAAGGACGACGAUGAGGCUGCUGACAAUCCAGAGGAAGAGAUGGAAGUUAGUGUUGCGACAAAGCCAUCGGAAGUCUUUCAACCCAUCGUGUUCCAAGCGAACGCAGAAGAGCAGAAGAAACUGUUGCUGUUCGAAUGCCAAGGGCGACACAAUCAGUACACAAAAGAUUUUCUGGAGGAGGCGUGGAUCAAGAAUGAUUUGUUCGAAGCGGCUGCUAAGUGGAAGAGCUGCAGCAAACACGACCUGCAUGCCGUGUUUCAUGCAUUGAACAGCUUGUCACCAGACCGAAGAGCAGACGUCUUGGAUGGACCACGUACCGGAGCAGUCGCAGAAGAGGAAGCAGCGCCCAUGGACACGGGCGAGGACGACCGCCACGUCUUUUUGAAGAAAUGUUUACCUCGACUGCCUGCUGAUUGUGUUCGCUUCAGCCAGCAACGGGUUUACAGCAAGCCUUCUGACUUAGUGAAAGCUAUGAUUCAAGCAUUGCCUGCCAACAGGCGCUUGAACGAGGACCAGGAAAUUUUCAUGAUGCGCUUUGCCGAGGUGCUCGACGUUGUCUACGAGCAAGAAGUCGCAGAGCAGCCGCCCGACAAGCGACAUGUGUACCACAUGCUCCUUCUGGGUCAAGGCGGCUCUGGCAAGACGCACAUCGUGCAGAAUAUCAUUUUUCCAGUGGUCCAUUUCAUUUGGCCAGCAGACAAUGAGGCAGAGACCCUGAUGGUUGUGGCCGCCAAGAAUGCGCAGGCCAAAAACAUCUCCACAGAGCAGGUGCGGGCAAGGACAUUACACGGAGCCGCGCUGCUCGGUGUCCAGUCCCUGACCAACAGCAACAUGGCGGCCGGCUCCAAAGAAAACGCGCUACAAAAACUCUGGGGCUCGGUUCGCGUGUUGGUCGUGGAGGAGAUCAGCAUGGUAUCUGCUUUGUUGUACAACAUGUUGGACUAUCGAGCGAUGCUGGGUCGUCGUGUCGUUUUCAAAGUGGACCGACACACCUACACAAAAACUGGUUGUGCUUUUGGUCGCGUGCCGAUUGUUCUGCACCUUGGUGAUUUCUUUCAGCUUCGUCCUACUGCGCAGUUGUCGUUGCUGGACGACUUGGAAGCGAAGGACGACGAUGGGAAUUAUGUCUAUCAGGACGUGCCAGCAGAGGUGCAGCAUGCACAGCAACUUUUUGGCUCGAUUCCAGAUGUUUUCGAGCUCCGUGGCACAAUGCGAUUCAAACCUGGUGACCCUUUGAUUGACAUUUUGCAGCACAUGCGGUUUGGCAAACGCUUUCCCGAUUCGUUGUGGGCAAGGUUGCAGGAAAGGUUUGCGGUAGAUGUUUCUCCUGGUGUGCAAGAUGCACGGUUCGACGAAGCCAAGUUUCGCGAAGGAUACGGCAUGUCGAUUUACUGGGCCUCUUUGGGUCGCAUGAUGUGCCGCAGAGCGCUCAUGGAUGCUGUCCGCCUGGCACAUCCAUUAGUUUUGCUUCAGGCAGCUGAUGUGUGCAGUGACCUGGACAAGGAGACUGCUUUCCGCUUCUUGAACCGUCCGAAUCCCUACCGCACUGGUCAUAUGCAUGGAAUCUUUCCCUGUCAUGUCGGCAUGCAGGUGCGACUUAUCGCGAAGUUGGAUGCUGACAAAGGAAUGAUUCAAGACACCGUUGGCACCAUCAUGGAUUUUGAGUUUCACAGCCAAGAUCGCCGACGCUAUUCUCACUGCGCUGGUGGAGAUCUGUUUUCGCCACGGUAUUUGCCGUCAGGCAUUUGGCUGUCCAUUGAUGGUUUCCAGGGAUGUUCUGACUGGAUGAAUUUGAUGGACUUAUGCCGGCAACAUGUCCCAGAUGAUGCAACGGCCGAAAAGUUGGCUCGCAGCUUCUGGUUUUUGCCUGCGGAAGAAAUUGUCGUGAAAUUCUCCAGCACGCAGAAUUACCAGGUGCGCCGCUGUGGAUUCAGGAUGACGCAUGCAAACUUCUUUACAAGCACAGGGUCGCAGGGUUUGACUUUGCGGAAAGGCACAGUGGUUGAUUGUGCGCGUUUGCCAGAGAUGGACGACGACAAUUGGUGGCUCCAUCUUUACGUCAUGUUCAGCCGCGUGACGGCUUUGGGUGAUUUAUUAUUGCUACGUCCACCGCCACGGGAUGUUCUCGAACGUGGGCCACCAGCAGCGAUCGCUGAGAAAGUUGCCGCAUUUCAGAAGCGAGCAGAAGAAUGUCGACAAGGGACAUUUUCUAAGUGCCAACGUCGCACUGAACCAUAG